AUGGAUUUUCUUGGAAUUGGAAACAAUCGAUUUAUCAAACAUAUGGAGCAUUACAUAUAAGAUUAAGAUGUUACUUACAGAGAUGAAUUAGUUUUAGCAUUAGAUGCUGUGUCUGAAAUAUGUGUUCCUAUUUCAUAAAAUUUUAAACUAAUCACAACAAUAAAACACUCUCAAAGAAAAAAAAACUAUGAUUGA